GGGAAGGUAAGGUAAGGUAAUUAUAGAUUUUAUAUCAUCUGGAUCAGUGAUUGUCAGCUGGUGGAUCGCGACACAAAAGUGGACCUCUUUUCAUUUCAGUGCGUCAUGGGUGUCGCUUUUAUUCUGAAGUGAAUUUUUUUUGUGCAGCAGGGUGUUGUGUCUUAAUCCUCCUUAAGGUGGUGACAACACUCAGUAGUGCUUUGUGAAACCCGCUUUCAUAAAAGAAGACCAACAAAAUUUGUUAGUAUAUUGUGGCGAUCUUGAGCGGCACAGGAAAUGGUCAGAGGCAUCUUCAGCUUGCUUUGAAGGAGUGCUCUUUAUUUUAAAGCCAGGAGCCAACAAGACUCUCUGCGAACACGGUACAGACAGACAGAAGCCUAGCAACAUAAAUUGCGUGGCCCCCCGCCUGCGCAUCCUGACAGGAAGAAGUUUGGACACCCCUGAUCUGAAGGAUGAACUCCACAAAUGGAGCACAUCUCUUUCCCACCGCUGACCCGCUUCGCCAUUUGCGGGGGCACCCAUGGCAAUGAGAUGACGGGGAUACACGUGGUGCGACAAAUGGAGAAAAACAAGGUAGUGGAGGUCGAGGAUGUGUCUGUAAUGACUGUGCUUUCCAAUCCGGAUGCUAUUAAAGUGUGUAGAAGGUACAUGGAGACAGAUCUCAAUCGUUGCUUCACAAGUGCUUUGCUAAGCGCCCCCUUAAAUGCCUCCUCGCCCCACGAGAUGAAGCGAGCUCACGAACUGAACGCUCUGCUUGGGCCCAAAGGAAGCCCAGACGCUGUGGACCUGCUGUGUGACCUCCACAACACUACCUCCAACAUGGGCCUCUGCUUCAUUCUUUUCAACUACGACUGGAUCGCGCUGCACAUUUGUAAAUAUGUGCAGAGUAAAAGCUCAUAUGGGACCAUAGCAGUUAUCCAGCUGGUUGUACCGGAUUCAGAGUCCUUCUCACUUGAAACUGUAGGCAAACAUGGCUUCUCGUUGGAGGUCGGUCCUCAACCCACUGGUGUAGUCAGAGCUGACAUAUACAACAUGGUGAUGGAAACAUUAGAUCUCAUCAUCGAAUGGCUUCAAAAAUUCAAUUCUGGAUGCACUUUUGAGGGUGGUGAAAUGGAGGCAUUCAACUGGACCAAGACCAUCGACUACCCAAGAGAUCCCACUACCCAUGAGAUCACGGCUGCUAUUCAUCCCCACCUACAGGACAACGACUUCAAGCUUCUCCAUCCAGGAGACCCCAUUUUCCAGUCAUUUACCGGGGAGACUAUAAAGCACGAGGGAGAGGCGGCCUAUCCAUUUUUUGUGAACGAAUGUGCCUACUACGAAAAGAAGAUUGCCUUCCAUUUAGCUCAGAAAGUAAGCAUUAGCAUCCCAUCCAUCAGCAUGCAGAAGGAAAACGCUUGAAACUGGAGUCACUUGUACACACAGUGUGUACAGUAAAUGCCUAAUGCAAUGACGGUGGUACACAAUGCAGGUAAAGCGGUUAUUUUCUUUGAGAAUUUCACAAACUUACACUGAUUUUUAUGUAACUUGCAUGUUUUCAUUGCAAAUGAACAUGAAUGAAGAUUAAAAUAUAUUACCCUGUGGC